AAAACACCUUUCUCCUUCUCUUUGCAUCGCUGACGAGCUAAAAUGAGUCAUGAGGCCACCAAAUUGGUAGCCAUUUUUCUUGUCCUAAACCUCGUCAUUUUCGCCGAAAGUCAGCCGGCACCCGCACCUGAACCGGCAACUCCGACGGCAACUUGCCCAAGAAAUGCCAUACAACUGAGAGUAUGUGUUGAUGUGAGUAGUAUAAUUGGAGUCAACAUUGGAGUUUCAGGAGAAUGCUGCCCGGUUCUGACCGGCCUUCUUGAUCGUGAAAUUGUGGCUUGCCUUUGCACAAAAGUUCAAGUGAACGUUUUGGGCCUUUAUAACAUGACUCUUCCGCUUAACAUUCCUUCUAUCACUGAUACUUGUAAAGUGAAUCCAGGAGACGAUUACCAAUGUCCCUAAAACAACAACCUUGAAUCUUAACAUGUUUGUUUCCUUAAAUAUAUAUGGUCGUUUUUAAAGUAUUGUUGUGUGUCGAAUAAUCUCAGCUUAAUUGUUGAAGUGAAUAAAAGGAGCUCCAAUUUGAUCCAAGGAAGAGCAAAUUUCUUCAAGGAUAUUGUCUUUUCAGAAGUCAUAAAUGCAUGGCCACCUGGAAACUGGACUUUUCCUUCUUACGUUGUUGUAAUGAGAUUGUAUUAAAGGUUCUGUUCAAUUUUAAUGCGUGUCUUGAAUAAAUA